UUUCAUUCUAUUCCCGACUUCAGUGUUGGUUUGUUAGGCCGACGAGCUGCAGCAGCCGCAGCCGCAGGCGCAAGCAAAAUGUCGCGUGGCCAAAGCCUUUGCCUCAAACACAUUUAACAACAGCAACAGCAACAGCAAGAAGAAGAAGAAGAAGCAGAGGCACAACUUGGGCGCUGUCAUGUCCCAUUUGCUGAGGCGCACCAAGAAAUCCUGUCUCAAGCUGCUGCGCAAAAUAUCCACAUCAAAGCAAUUGUUUGUGCAGCGCCUGGACGAGGAUGAGGACUACGAGGAGCACGAGGAGCGGCAGGAGCAGCAGCAGGAGCAGAUAAGCUGCAACUGCAGCACAAACGAUAAGCAAUAUGUGAGCCACAACAACAACAACACGAACAACAGCCCAAUACAAUCCGUCCAAGGUUGUGAAGACGUCGCCGCCGAGGAGGCGUGGUGUGUGCCGCUCGAGCGGCAGCUGCCGGUAGAGCGGACAGGAUUAGACAUACAAUUCGAUCGAGUGCCCUACAAGGAGAAUGUGCGCUAUCUGAGGCACACGCCCUCCAAUUCCAGCCUCGACCUGCAGCUGGAGCAGCAGCGGGAGCGAGAGCGGGAGCAGAGGGAGCAACUGCAGCGGGAGCGUGAGCUGGUGGCCAGCCAACCUGGCUAUAGCGUCAGCGUGGGCUCCCAGUUCGAUGGACACUAUCACAAUGUGAUCAUAAUGGAGCACCAGCCACCAAACGACGAUUAUCCGAUUGUCAAAUGGGACAUCAAUGGCAAUUCCCUGGACGAGGAGCACUUUGAUCUGCGCCAGCAUUGGGAUGCCUUCGACAGUCGCUGGCGGCAGCUGCAGUCGGCGCCGAGUGGCAAGCGUCUGGGCAGCGGCCAUUCCCAGAGAUCCAGUCAUCAUUCCAGCGCCUGCACCCUGGAGACCUGGAUAGACGACGCCGAGCUGGGCACCUGCGAUGACGCCCAAAAUUUGCUGCAAACCAACAAGAAGAAGAACACGAACAACAACAACAACUUGAACCAAUGCCUUAAGAGUUUCUGAUGAGAAUGCCCGAUGCCUGAUGCCUGAUGGAAGUGACGGUGCAGCUAAAUAAUCCAAUUGGAUAUUUCCUAACGGAUUUUAGCCUGCACUUGUGCUCUAGAGUUCUAAGAGAGUUUCCAUUUUUUGAGAAUUAUACGCUCUAUUUUGAAUCGAUAUAACAAUA